GAUUCGCAGAUUUUCCUUCGUGUUGGCGGCCAUGUUGGAAUCUUGUAGAUGUCAUAGGUCAAAGUCUGACUGGUCAAGGGUCACCAGCUGACGACGUGACACUUCCUGGUUGUUGCAAGACUCAUUUUGUGGUGCUCCUAUAAAGCCUGUGUUUUGAGCAAAAAUGGCGACAGGAUCAGACCAGGCUGUAGGGAUGGGGAUGGUGGCACUCAGCGCACUCAUCUUCACAUACUACACCAUCUGGACAGUUGUUCUGCCCUUUGUAGAUGAUGACCACAUAGUGCACCAGUACUUCCUACCCAGACCAUAUGCUGUGAUUAUUCCAACUGUAGCAGGAGUUGUGGCGCUGAGUGCUAUAGGAUCUUUCUUUGGCUAUGUUAUGCUACAAGACAAGAUGAAGAAAAAAGCCAAGUGAAGUGAAUGUGAACAUGUUCUGCAGUACCAGUGGAGGCUGUGUUUUUGCAUAAACUGAUAGGGGGCGUUGUGACCAUGUGAUUGAAAAGUAUGCAGCAUCCACUCUGACAUAUAAAUUCACUGGAUGAUUCAGAUCUGAUGCCAUGUUUUUUAACAUUGACUGCUUCAUUUAAUUGAUAUCCCACCCCAUGUAUGUUAUGUAACAUUACAGUUCUUAGGUGCUUUCAAAAUUGGUUGAAAGGACGGAAUGAAACAAAA